AUGGACGGCGGCGAGGGCGAGCCGACCAAGUACCGCGGCGUCCGGCGGCGGCCCUGGGGCAAGUACGCGGCGGAGAUCCGCGACUCGAGCCGCCACGGCGUCCGCAUCUGGCUUGGCACCUUCGACACCGCCGAGGAGGCCGCCAGGGCCUACGACCGCUCCGCCUACUCCAUGCGCGGCGCCGCCGCCGUCCUCAACUUCCCCGAGGACGCGCGCGUCUACGCCGCAGCCGCCUCCCGCGGCUCCGGCUCCGGCAGCUCCUCCUCCUCCUCCUCCUCCAGGCAGCAGCAGCAGCAACCGCCGCCCGGCGGCCGGGACGUGAUCGAGUUCGAGUACCUCGACGACGAGGUGCUCCAGGAGAUGCUCCGGAACCACGACGCCGACGGCUCGUCGUCGGCGCGGAAGAAGAAGUAG